GGAGAGACAUGGAAUCGACCGGAGUUGGAGGGAAAUUCCUCUCCGUCUUUUUCAUAAUUUUCGGGACUCUUUCGGCGAUUUCAAAUGCUUAUACUGUCAUAUAUACCUCGCCUACCACGGAUUUGACGUUACGUUUAUCAGAUCAACCGUUCCACGUCAACAAUUCCAUCCCUGUGCCGCCAGGGGUAACGCUGAAUGUAGAACCUGGCGUUACCGUUAAAUUCGGCCCGGCUGUCGGUGUGCGCGUUGAGGGACGGCUUUUGGCAGUGGGACAACCGGACAAACGUAUACUUUUCACGGCUGCAGACGAACCUAAUGUUGAAAGGGAUGAUAAGCAGCCACCUAUUUGGUUUGAUGGUGCACGAUUGGCCGGGGACUUCACGGAAAGUCAUCAUGGACGCCUGGAACUUUUAUACCAAGGUAGUUUUGGCACCGUUUGUCGGAAUGGCUGGGAUAGCUCCUACUACUACAACAUCAACAACAACAACAGAGUUGUUGCUAGGAUGUUGGGAUAUAAAACAUGUACCAAAGUAUAUAACAGAGGCAGUGGCACUGGAAGUAUUCUUCUGAACAACGUGAGAUGCGAUGGACAUGAGAGCUCCCUCUGGGACUGUCCUCACGAUGGGGUCCGUGUGCACAACUGUUUUCACAGUCAAGACGUGUGGCUGCAGUGUUCAGGUUACUCUGGUUAUCGUGGGAUUGCCAACGAAACUGCCAAGUACUGGUCUGGUAUAGAGCUGGUGACAAACUCUUCUGUGAAAGGAAUAAGUGAUCUCCAAUAUGUCGACAUCGAAUUCGCUGGUCUUCCUAACAUCGGGACGCACUCAAAUGAUACAGCAGCCAUAUCGAUUAGUGGAAUCCCACCUGUGCUUGAUAACCUGAAUAUCACAAAUGUCAUCGGAAAUGGUGUUCUACUCAGAGAUAUAACUGGACAUGCGGCGAUCAACAAUAGUAGCAUUGAGAACAGCAUGGGAAACGGGGUUUCCUUCAGAAGCUAUGGUGGUAACCUGGCACUGGACAAUGUCCAGAUUUCUAAUGCCCAUAAAGCAGGUUUAUAUUACAACAGGACAUUUCCGCUGCCCUCCUAUAAGAUGUGUCAACUGCCGGAAACAACGGUUCCUGAUGGAGAACCGCUCAUAGUCAGCUUUGACAGUACUGACCUUCAUCUGGGGUCAAAGUCUUCCUGUUCUCAGGUGUUUCGAAGUCAAAAACCAGGGUAUAUUUUGGCGGUGCGCGUACUAUAUAUAAGGGCACGUUGGUAUACUCGCCGUAACGUACUGGAUAUAUUUGAUGGAAACAGUUCGUCCUCCCGGCGGCUGGAGAGAGUGUAUACGUACGGUGCCGAGGUAAACAUGCCGUCUCCUCUCUACACUACCGGCGGCUCAGUCUUGCUGUCAUUUUCACGACUAGAUAUUGGCUCUAGCGAACGGUAUCAAGGAAUGUUUACAGUACAGUCCGUUGCCGCUUAUUCAGGUCACCCUACUGGGUUAUCAAUGAAUAGCGUCAAAGUUACAAAGUCUGGAUAUGGCACUUUUAUCGAGAAUCAACUGCAACCAAUUGGCAUAUCAGGGACUCGUGUGGCACAUUCUUCAGAGACAGGUCUGUACGUUGGUAAAGGAUCCGGUACUUUUGUGCUUCAGGACAGCGCCUUUGUGAAUAACAUGAACCAUGUGUACUUUGAACACAUCCAGAGGAAUGUUACCGUGAAGAACAGUGAACUCAUUAUCUCCUCUAACUAUGCUUUGUCUGUUGGCACCACCCCAGUGUGGACAUUAUCAGAUAAAGUCAGCUUCAUUAUUCAAAACAACACCCUGAUGGAUAAUACAUUUGGUAUAUCAGUGCUGCGAGCCAGACAGUGUGCCCUAACAGACAAUGUGUCCGACAGUGUCUUUCACAAUCAAAGCGAAACCGCCCUCAAGUUGGGGUCUGGUUCUGUAUGUGGAACAAACAGACUAAGAACCAUCCAAGUGAAUAAGAAUUAUAUUUCUAAAACAAAAGGAACUGCGGUUUUAUUAAUAGAAACUGACACCCAAAUACUCAACAACACAUCCGAUAAUGACGUGUCCCAAUGUGUUCUUUGUAUUUCUGCCUCCAGUGUAUUUGUGACUGGAAAUAAAUUUAGAAACAACAAUGUAAGAACGGAAAACAAAAGACAUAAGGUUGGUGCUAUCAUGGUCUUGAUAAAAUUUCCGAGUAGUUUCACAUUCACAGACAAUGUUUUCGAAAACCUGUUGGGCGAAUAUCUACUGACCAUUUGGUACGAGAAUUCCGUCCUUAGAACACUAGAUGUGUCACGAAAUUACUGGGGAACACCAAACCCGCAAGAUGUUUACUUGGGGAUUAUUGAUAAUACAAAACGCUACACUCUGAGAACCCAGUUUCUGUACACCCAGUGUACUCUGAGAACCCAGUUUCUGUUCUAUAUCACGUCUGAUCUCUCCAGUUUGUCCCCAGCAACUAUAGAAGUGGACCCAGCCCCAACUCCCCACACACUCGGUGGCCGCAUAUACACCGACCUUACUCUAAAGGACACAGGUAGACCGUACACAGUGACACAUGACCUGAACGUGACAGCCAACGCCACACUUACCAUUGAACCAGGAGUGGUUUUAGAAUUUGAAGAUUCUGUGGGGAUGUACAUUGAAGGAAGACUUAAUGUCAGUGGAACAGAGGGUAAGAAGUGCAUCUUCACGGCCAGGGGAAAGUUGGCUACAACGAAUGUCAUAUAUAAAUCAGAUUUUGGUAAAUUUUCGUUGCUUCGAGGACCCUCGCAAUCAUAUGACGCGGCAUCGUUUUAUGGACUACUUUACGGAGAAGAAAACGGAGAUAAAUUGCCAGUUUGUUAUGAUUCUUCAUUGAGAGGGCCGAUGUUGACAACAUGGUUGGACGGAGAAUGCAGGCGACUUGGGUAUACUUCUCUUAGGCACAUGAGCUCGAUUUCUGAUACGGCUAAACUGGGGUUAAAACUAAAUUGUGCUGGGACGGAAACAGACUUUGAAAAUAAUUGCUUUACAGGUAUGCAAAGAUACAGGUGCACUUCGUUCUUCAGAGUUGUGUGCACCAAGCAUUCGCGAGAGACCACGUGGGCAGGUAUACGAUUAGGUCUGACGGCUCGUCCCAGCUCUAUACAACAUGCGGUGAUGCAGUUUGCUGGAUACUUUGACUCCGGGUCACGUAGAAAAGGUCCUUCUUUACAGGUGGAUUUCAACCGACAUAUUGUAGACAACGUGGUCAUCCUUACCUCUGGGGGAGGCAUUCGACAACUCUAUGUAGAACAAAGUAUGACUAACAUGGUGAUAGCAGACAUAGAUAACAACGCCUUUGAAACAUACACACUGAGUGCAACUCUGAGGGAUUCACGAAGAGAAGACAUAAACUCAUAUGCUGUAUUAUUUCAAUCAGGACAACCCAGUAGGACAAUGACAGCGUACUUUACUCCCUAUAAAGAAGACUGCGGUGUAACAUAUCUGGCCAGUGAAGGCGAUAUGGUCCCAUUCCAUCAAUAUAUAAAUACGCGUACACAAUGCGGUACCUUUACAACCAGGUCAGACCUCAGACUACGGGUUUUUAUCAUCUACCCUGGUUAUCAUGACUUCAAGCUCCUUUUGACAGAUACAGUGAAAAACUGGACAGUAGGUCUGAACUCGUUGGAUUCCGUUAUCACCACCUCUACUAACACGCUACAGUUCCUGAAGGGUUGGAGAAACAGCUGUACUUGGUGCUAUGUAGAUGUUAACGCAAUAGUCAUGGCGGUGAAAGACGACCUUCCACCAUACUAACCAAGUUUAACAUUGGACAAGGUAAUAAUCAGUGGCUCCUCCACAGCAGUACACACACUGGACAAAAGAAGUGUCACCCCUACUGAGCCAAUACUAUGGGGGAGAUAAAUGACUG